AUGGAAGAAAAACAAGUAGAAAUAAUCGAAAUAGAUGAUUAUAGCCCUUCCCCUGUGUCCCAGAAAAAUGGCACUCCUUUAAGAUCCAUUGUUUGUGUGAGAAACAGAGAGCAUAUUAAGUACUUCGAGAAGACGGAAGAUUGUUUUAUUUUGGAAUUUGAUCCCAAUGAUUCUUUUGAUAUUUUGAAACUUUCGGGUUCUAAGAUUACUGAAAGUGGCGAUUCCCCUGAUUUGCAUGUUCUUGCUGAAAAAGGCCAGGUGGCGUGUAGAGAUUACCCUCAUUCGAGGCACAAUUGUGGGAAAUAUUCUUUUGAGAAGACGCCUCACAUCAGCCACUGUGAAUUGUGCUACUGUUAUGUAUGUGAUGUAGCUGCUCCUUGUAAAAAGUGGGAUGGAGCAUCGGGACAUUGCCAUGCAUUCAACAAUGAAUCUUGGGAUAAUGAAAGGAAAUUGAAGAGACUAGUAGACGUGAUCACGAAAUGA